UAAAGCGUUCUCGGCCACACAAAAAUGACGAAAUAUUUCGUCAUWCGCGGUCGAUUGAUGAUCUUUCGACAUAGCAUUGCUGCUGCUGAAAACAAUGUUUUUGUGACCGACGGAAGAAAUCAGAAGCKACUGUUCUCAUAAUAGCAUUCAAUUCUACUUUCGAAAAACAGUAAUAUCAAUAUCUCAAGAUGGAACAAACUUACAUCAUGAUCAGUAAGUUGCUAUGGUGACAGAUUACUGCCUAACCAUUUYGUCGAUCUUCAAAAGGUGUUCUCACCAGUUUCUUCCACUGCAUCUCUUUCUUCUGCAGAGCCCGAUGGCGUCCAACGUGGACUCAUUGGUGAAAUCAUCAAGCGAUUCGAACAGAAGGGUUACAAGCUUGUGGCCAUGAAGCUCACCAGCCCUACCAAGGAACACAUGGAAAACCACUAUGCUGACUUGAAGGAGAAGAAAUUUUUCCCCGGUCUCAUCGAAUACAUGACCUCUGGACCUGUCUGCGCCAUGGUUUGGGAAGGAAAGAACGUCGUUUUGGAGGGACGCAAGAUGCUUGGAGCUACCAUGCCAUCCGAAAGUGCCAUGGGAACCAUCCGUGGAGAUUUCUGCAUUGAAGUUGGCCGCAACAUCUGCCACGGAAGUGAUGCUGUCGAGUCCGCCAAGCACGAGAUUGCUAUGUGGUUCCCYGAGGGAGUCAUUAGCUACGCUGCCACCGAAGCUCAGUGGAUUUACGAGUAAACGCUAGGCUUUUGUCACCGCGAGCCGUUAUUUUUGAAACGGCCUUGGUAUUAUUGUAGAAGAUGUAAUAGAAGAAUUUAAAAGCU